ACAUGUUAAAUAUACAGUUACCAAUGUAUUUGUGCUAUUAUUAAUCAUAUAAUACUGUUAUUUUAAUUGGUGCAUAUUAUCCAACCAUUAAAAGUACGAACUUUAUUUUAAAAAGCACGUCAGAAUCCAAUUUAAAAAUUCUUUCAUAGGUCCAAGGAUUUUCUUAAAAUCAUUAAUAAACCUGGUAAAAAUAGAAAUUACAUCAUUUUAAACCAAUGCGGCGUCUCCCACCCUUUUAAUAAGCGUUGAUGACCUCAGGACUUUAGUGAAUCUACGUCUGUGUACUCUGUAGUGUUAUCAAAACAAUUAAAGCUAGUUUUUAAAUAUACCAAAAAUGGCCCAGCCAAUUGUAAAUCCUGAACUGCCUUUUGUUGGUGAAGUUCCUUCAGGACUUCAGCCAGGAAAGAUGAUCAGGUUUCAAGGCGUCACACAUCCAGAUAGCGAUAGAUUCAAUAUAAAUUUGGCUACUGGCCCAACUGCCAAACCUCGAGAUGAUACUGCUUUGCACCUAUCAGUAAGGCUUAACCAAGGUUAUAUUGCGAGAAAUAGUUAUAAAAAUGGCUCAUGGGAUGAUGAGCAGGGUAGUGGUAAAUUGCCCAUAGGCCAAGCUCAAAGUUUUGAGAUAAUCAUCUUAGUCGAUCCUCACCAUUAUAAGAUAGCAGUCAACGGUCAACAUUUCUGCGAGUUUCCCCAUAGGAUUCCUUAUGAUCAAGUUACCCAUCUCCUUAUUGAUGGUGAUGUGUCAAUAACCUUAAUUUCCUUUGAAGGCAUCGCUCUUGCUGAUGACUUAACUUCUAGCCAAGCUUCUCAAGUAAACGCAGAAGGUCCUCAAUUUGCCCCACCCGCUGGGCAAUACGGACCACCACCAGGCGCUUACGGUCCACCACCAGGUGCUUACGGUGCACCACCUCCGAAUUUUGGGGGUUAUGGUCCGCCGCCCCAAGAGCAACAGUCGCAAUUUGGAGGAAUCUUUGAGCAAGCCCAAGACAUUUUAGCGGGAGCGAUAAGAACUGGGGCAGCCGAAAAGUUGCUCAGCAGCAUCUUGCAUUCUAGUGGACAGGGACAGCAGCAACCGCAGGGCUAUGCCCCACAAAAUGCCAAAUACGGUAUCUAUCCGGACCUGCCUACACAAGACACCACCCCACGUCAGGCUCAGGAUGGAGCGUUAAGCAAUCUGAUUGCCGGCUCUGGAGGUACCGUCACCUCCGGACCAGCCCCUAAUAUUCCACAAAAUACUCCUGGACCUUUUGAAAGUCUUUUGUCCGGGUUAUUGAGCGGAAAAAAAGGGGAACAAGCUUCCCAAGGAGCCGAACCACAAGCUCAUCCCGACGUAUUGCAAGGGUUUUUGACAAAUUUGUUGGGCGGAGGCGGACAGAAUCCAGCUCAAACUGGAAAUGUCCCUCAGAAUCCUCAAGCAGCUGCCCCACCAACUCAACCUGAUGCUUUGCAAGGAUUUUUGACAAAUUUGUUGGGAGGGAGUGGGCAAAAUCCAGCUCAAUCUGGAAAUGUCCCCCAGAAUCCUCAAGGGGCUGCCCCACAAACUCAACCUGAUGCGUUGCAAGGAUUUUUAACCAAUUUGCUUGGAGGAUCACACAAUAAUCCCUCUCAAGCUGGUGAUGCUUCACAACAAAGCAUUGGAGGAGGAGUGGACGCUCUAUCAGGAAUUUUCCAGAAUUUGUUGAGCGGAAAAAAGGAUCAAAACACUGAUGCUACCAACAGUCAACCUCAAGCUAACUCGGAUGUUUUGUCUGGAAUAUUGUCGAAUCUGGUGGAUCCAAAGACGGUUCAGAAAGAAGGCGAGGCAGGUGUACCCAACGCAGGGGUACCUCCUGCAGGUGCACCCAAUCCCGCUGUACUUGCAGGGAUACCCAGUGGAGAAGGCGCAGCAGCCGGAUCCCCAGCUGAUAAACAGACUCAUCCUAACGCGGAGUUGUUGAAUAAUUUGUUGCAGGGGUUGUUGAAUAAGGGUGGGCAGCAAUCUGAUAAGACCCAGCCAGAUCCUCAACAAACCCCCAGACCACAGGGUUCGGAUGAGCAAUACGGCCAGUAUCCCCACCCGCCACAACAAGAACAAAAGGGCCCCAUGGAGUCUUUGCUUUCUGGAAUUUUGGGAGGCGGUGGACAACAACAGCAACAACAAAGCCAAGGUGGACUGGGAUCCAUGGGAGGCAUUUUGGGGUCAUUGGCAGGGUCGUUAUUACAUAAACCAGAUCAAAAUCAAGGGCACUACUAGUUUUAUUAACUCUUGCGAAGAGACAAUUAUUAUGUUGACUAUAGCUUUAUAGUGGUGGCAGCUUUUACUUAGUCUAUUUAUUUAUAAGCAUUUUUUUUUCAUCAGUCUAACUUUAGUUUCCUUUUUUAUAUUUUGUUUAAUACUCAUUUUUGCAUGCACAAAAUGUUGGCCUAUAAUAGCCCCUUUCGUACGACGAAUCUCGAAAUCUAGUUAUUGUUGGUAAGCUAAUUAAUAGUUAUUUAAGAGAAUCUAUAUCGUGUUAUUUAUUGAUGUUAAAUAAAUAAAUAUAAGUCUAACUAAA